GUGUGAAAUAAGUGAUCAUUAAUUCAGCUGCUUAUAAUAAUAAUAUGCAGAGAUGAAAUAUCGUCAUUUAAACACUUUCUUUUAGUGAAGGUGAAACUUUGAGACAAAGUGAUGAGAGGUAUUUUCGUACUUCUGACAUUUUUUAUGUCAGUUUUCGCAUACGCGGAAUCUACGCACAUGAGAUGUGUGCCUUAUGUACUAACAUGUGAGCAAAUACGAGAAAAAUAUAAUGAGACAUUAAAAGAAUUCGUUCAGUUAUUCAAAGAAAUUUUCCGACUUAUCAGGAGAGUGACAAGAAGAGUCGGAAGAUUGAAAACUUGCAGUACGAGAAAUCAAAAGUGUGAAAGAAUUAACAGACAACUGGAGAAGAAAGAUGAGAAAAUUGAUGAAUUUAAGGAGAAAAUAAUGGAUUUGAUAAACAAUCCACAGCGAAACAGAAGAUUCGAGAACCAAAUUACAAGAUUUAUCAAUAGAAUUCUUACACUUAUUGAUAAUCAAAAAAGAAUUGAAAGAAGAAGAGAAGAAGCAAAUUGUGGAAGACGUUGCUUAAUGCAAUUAGAAGAAAUUUCCGAUCUUUUCGAGAUGAUUGACGAAAAAUUAGACAUGUGGUUAUCUAAAGUCACCCAAUUUGUGAAUUCCAAUAAAUUUUAUAACGACUGCUUUGAAAAUAUUGUGAGGAAACUUUUCAUGAUUUUCAAGAGGGCUGUUCGAAUAUAUGAAAACAUUAUGAUGAAAUUGAGAGAGUGGUUUGAACUUCCCGACGAAGGUUCUGAUGAGUGGUUAAAUUACAACAAAAGAGCGUUGAAAAAUGGGGAAUUAAAUGGAAUUGGCGAAGCUUUAAAGCCAAUGACAACUCGAAUUAUCAACGAUAUUGACUAUUUAAUCAUGGAAUUUGAAGAUGCAUACGUUCCAAAACUACCUGAAUCUUUUAUUGAAGAAAUGAUAUUUUUUGAAGAUCUCAUGAUGAGAGAUGAUCUCAGUGAAGAUAUUCUGUUUGAAAUAGAACUUGCCCUUGAUGAAAUACAUGCCUAAAUAUUCAUCCUAAAUAAUUUUUCAUUGAAAUUAUUUAGGAUUUGUUUUGGUCAAAUCUUAUUUGAAAAAAUUUUGAAAGUUCGAAAAAAUGAAACUUCAAAGCAAACCAGAUGUAAAAGUUUUGUUUUCUUAAUGAAGUUAUGUCAAUAUUCUACCUUUAUCUGUUUUCAUAUCUUCUCAUUGAAUUCAGUCAUUUGUUGAUAACAAAUACGAUACUGUUGGGAAUUUUAACUUUUUUUAAUCAUUAAAACGAGUUUAAAAAUGACAUUAAACUUAUCCAGGCCAUUCAUUAAAAUUACUUUUUGAAUUUUAAAAAUAGUAAAGAUUAUGUUUGUAUUGAAAAGCAAUGAUUAAUUUGAUAUAAAUUUGUUGAUAUUUUUUCUUGCUGAAAUAAUAAAAAUUUUAAUGUCUUUGAUGAA